AUGAUUGAUGAGAAUCUACCGACGUUCUUCCUCAAGAACAACUCACAAUCCACCAACCAGAGUACAAUCUACCACCGUCAGCAUGGAAAUGAGCCCGAACCUGCCUAUAACCUGCGCUACUUGGACCCCAACCUCCCCACCUCGCGGAACCGCUAUGGCGUCGCCCUCUACGAUCCCUACGUCCCGGACGUCGUGUACGGCGAAGUCGCCGUGAUUCCCGAAUGGACACAGCCCAGUCUGUCGGCUGAUACGAUUCGUGCGAAUGGUGGCACUGUACCUCCCCCGGAGCCCAUUCUCCCCACCGAAUUCUCCAUCCACCUCUACAAUCCGGACCAGCAGAUCGUGAUCAAACACCAGCCAAAGUCCUGGAACAAGCCCGCACGAUGGGAAUUCGAGAUGCCCCAGCGUACAUUCAGAGUUCCCUCUACGUCGACCCUCGAUCAGACACAGAGUGACCCCGCCGCGGCGGAUAUAACCCCAAAGCUGCGGUUCAGCUGGCGCAAGGAUGGAAAGCUUUCCAAGGACCUGUCUUGUCUUUUGCACGGCAAAUCCUCUACAAUCCCAGAGACUCGCACCAAGACUCGGGAACCAGAUAUCACUGUGGCGCUGUUCCAAGGUCUCCGCGAGCUAACACUCUACGAGCCGAACCUCUACAGGGUGGAAAUGGAGGACUUCAAGGGUCUAGAGGUCGUCCUCUUGCUUGCAGCAGUUGCUAUUCGGGAUAUCUUCUUCGGCCUCGCCAAGGAAGCCUUCCACAUCGUCGCCGGUGCCCCUCCAAUCGGCACUAGCAAACCACCGGCUGGAGUCGCCCCAGGCCGAAAAAGCCCAGCAACCCAGUCACAACCUCCAGCCGUCGCCGUUGCAAAUGGCAGACCCUCUCCACCACGCCUGACCAUCCCGCAAACCCAACAAUCAGUGCCAAAACCACAGCCACAGCCACAACCACAACCACAAGCACACCCGCGCCAAGACGCCCAAGCAAAGAAAGAAGCCCAACGUACAGCCGAACUCCUCGCAGCCGAGAAACGCGCCCAAGAAAAAGCCCAACGCAAACGCCAAUCCGAAAUCGACGCUGAAACAAAACGUCUACAGAAGCUAUACGGCCAAGAGGAACAGCAAGUCCGGGCUAGCGCACAGGCAAACGUCAACGCACAUACACCCGUUCCCACCCCUUCAUCACGCCCAAACCUUCCACCCCGCCACACAGGACCAUCAAGGCCGUACUCGCACCACUACUCGCAAUCCCAUUCCUAUAUGCCACCCCAACAACCUCAACCUCAACCUCAACCUCAACCCCGACCACCCCACCAAACACGCCCAUCAAACGUGGUGCCUACCUUCGCUGGUGGUCCAUACAUGCACGGCUCCGCGGGGGUUCGUCUCGAUCCACGCGCGCAAUCUACAACGCACCUUAUGCAGUCGAAGCCACAGCAAGCACGACCACAGUCAACGGUGGGCUUUUACCAAGCAGCAAGUGGAGGUCUAGCACCUGGAGCACGGCCACAGCAACAGUCACAGCAAACCCUGGCCCCUAAGAAGAGCAGUUUCUUUGGAUUUAUGCGGAAUAAGGAAGAAGGUGGGGAGAAGCAGAGGAAUCGGUUGGAUAAAAAGCGGAGUUCGAUGUUUUGA